AUGCCCUCCCUGUUUGAGAGUAUCAGCAAGAAUCUGGUCAAGGAGCUUGGAGACAGAGACCUGAGACCUGUCAGAUUCCUGCUGAAUGCCAACAAAUAUUGUCAGCUUGCGCUAUUACGGAAGAGGAAGAGUCGCUCAUGGUUCUGGGAACAACCAGAUGUCCCAGUUGAAUACACCCUCGUGGACAUCCUGAAGCCAAGUUCUUCAGUCCCAGAAACUGUUGUGACAGGACCAUUCCUCCUCAGUGACACUAGGAUCCAGAAGCUGAAGGCGUAUGCGGGCGUGGCUGUUGGGCCAGAGCUGAGUGCAUCGGGGAAGGCUGCCCAGUCCCACGAGUCCUCCCUUGAGUUCCAGUCUGUUACCAUCCCACCACACAACUGGGAAGCCCUCCGAAAGAGGAAAGUGUUGAAUCAAAAGCUGUCAUUUCUGAAGGAACACCUGAGCCGAAGGGACAACCUGUAUGUGGUGACAGAGGCCAUGGAACUGACCAGCAGUACCACGCUGCCGGACAGAAGCUGUGUGAAAGUCAAGGGAACCUGCCUUAUUCCUUGGAGUGCUUGUGUCAAGAGUGAAGGAGAGGGAGAGGGUCUCAAAGUGAGAGGCAAGACGCUGACUCUGCUGCAGGGCACAGUGAUGGCCUGUAAGAGGAAGCAGCUGGUUUUCAAGGAGAACGGCUGGGGUGAGUGGAGACUGAAGGAGGCAGAUGGGGAGAGGGGUCUGCUUCUCCUGAGAAACAAGACGGGAAAGACCCUCCACAGGCACCCUCGGCUUCCCUCCCUGACGGGGGAGAGAUGGAGCGAGAUUUCUCAGCCACCUCCAAGCCUGGCAAGACUGAAAUGUUGCUACAGGAGAUACAGAGACAGUCUCUCAUAUUUCCAGCACCUACAAGAGGAGGUUUCCCAGGAAAUGACGGCGCUGGCCCAGCUCUCCAAGGACAUUCGGGGUGCUGUUUUCCAUCGUCUCCUGGCCAAGCUCAGGGACCGAGGGGCUCUGCAGGACCUCGUGGACAUGCUGGAUUGAUACUGUGAUCGCGUGGGCUUGGGUGACACCGUCCCAAGCGAGACGGGAGAGGACUCAAGUAAUAUAUGGCUCAAGUCAAGCUUCCAAAUCAUGUACCUCCUUGAAGCAAUCAUGGUGCUGAGUGACACUCAACGUGAGCUGCUGGCCCAGUCCAUGGAGAAGAGGAUCCUGCUCCACCAGCGGGAGCUGGUGAGGAGCAUCCUGGAGCCCAACUUCAGGUACCCCGAGAGCAUUGCCUUCACCCUGAAGCCCGAGCUCCUCGCCCCGCUGCAGGGUGAGGGGGUGGCCAUCACCUUCGGCCUGCUGGAGGGGUGCGGCCUGAUGGUGGAGCCCAUCAGCCACAGGGUCACCUGGGACCCGGAAGCCAAGAAGCCCCUGGCCCUGUAUGGGUCCCUCUCGGUGCUGCAGCGGCUGGCAGAGGCCUGA